GUUGCUACCAGGGCAGCGUCCUCUUCCUGGUCGUCAAGCGUCACAUGGCAACGCUCUCCAUGGCAACGCCAAUCAGAGGGAAAGUUCGAAUCCCUCUGUGAAGACUCAGAGUGAGAGUGGAGAGCAGUCCGAGUGUGUUUGAGGCCGGACUGCAGAGAGACAGAGCAGAGAGACGCACUGACUCCAGACGCACAAGUGGAUGGAAAGAGCAACCAAUGCAAUGGAGAAACUGCAGAGAUGAUCGGAGCCUUGUAAACUCAGGAAGAAGAGAAGAGAGAGAUGCUUGCAUGAGAUAAAAGGGGGGAAUGAAGAGUAGAAUAAAGAGUUUUAAUGAAGAGUUGAGAUUGUUUUUCCAAAAAAAAUGGCACGGAUUUGCUCCCAUGCAAAUGCGCAUUUUGCAAAGAUGACAUAGCAACUUGAGAAAAAAUGGGAUUCCUCCUCCAGGAACAGAACUCACUCACGACCUGAAUGAAAAAGAGAAAAAGGGAUUCUAUUCAAAUCGGAAUUUAGUUUUUCUUUCUUCUUUUUACUUGACAAGCCUCGCCAGAGUGAAAUAUGAAUCUGGGAAAAGCGCUUCUGUUUUUCCUCCUCUCAAAUUGUGUGACAAUGACUUUGUCGCUCUCCACUUGCACCACUGUGGACAUCGACCACAUAAAGAAAAAGAGAGUAGAGGCGGUCCGAGGACAGAUUCUCAGUAAACUCCGGCUGACCAGUCCGCCUCAAACUACAGGUCCAAGUCAAGUACCGUUUCAGGUCCUGGCCCUUUAUAACAGCACCAAGGAGCUCAUUGAGGAGCUGGGCAGAGACAGGCAUCAGAGCUGUGGACAGGAUAACACGGAGACUGAGUACUAUGCCAAAGAGAUUUACAAGUUCAACAUGAUCAAUGGCCCACCAGAAAACAAUGACCUCCCCUACUGCCCAAAGGGCAUCACCUCCAAGGUGUUCCGCUUCAACGUCUCCACCAUGGAGAAGAACUCCACCAACUUGUUCCGGGCCGAGUUUCGAGCUCUGCGGAUCCCCAACGCCGUCGCCAAGAGGAACGAGCAGAGGAUUGAGCUCUACCAGAUCCUCCAGAAAGACGACCCCAAAGCCAAACAGCGCUACAUUGGGGGCAAGAACGUCCUGACCAAGGGAACGCCUGAGUGGGUCUCCUUUGAUGUCACAGAGACAGUGAGAGAGUGGCUGAUGUACCGACAGACCAAUCUGGGCCUUGAGAUCAGCGUGCACUGUCCCUGCCACACUUUCAGGCCUAAUGGGGACAUUAUCGAGAACGCCAACGAGGUGCUGGAGGCCAAGUUCAAAGGUAUGGAAGCGGACUACGACGAUGCGAGCCGUGUGAAAAAACAAAAGGAGCAGCUCUACCCCCACCUCAUCCUCAUGAUGCUCCCUCCCCACAGGCUGGAUGCCCAGUCCUCCUCCCGCAGGCGUAAGCGGGCACUUGACACCAAUUACUGCUUCAACAAUUAUGAGGAGAACUGCUGUGUGCGACCACUAUAUAUUAAUUUCCGUCAGGAUCUGGGCUGGAGGUGGAUCCACCAGCCUGAAGGGUACUACGCUAACUUCUGCUCUGGUCCCUGCCCUUACCUACGCAGCGCAGACACCACCCACAGCUCGCUGCUGAGCCUGUACAACACCCUGAACCCCGAAGCCUCCGCCUCACCCUGCUGCGUUCCUCAGGACUUGGAGCCCCUCACAAUCCUCUACUACGUGGGUCGCUCCCCUAAAGUCGAGCAGCUCUCCAACAUGGUCGUCAAGUCCUGCAAGUGCAGCUAAACUUCGGGGCUCCGGCGAGAGACGUGGGAUGUGAUGGCUCCCAGCACUACUCAGGAGCGGGAACGAGGCGGUUAGAGGGGGGGGCACGGUACACUUUGCCCUCCACGAGUAUACCUCCAACCCCUGCUUCAGCCUCUCUCUCUCUCUCUCUCUCUCACCAAAAACAAAAGACGCAGUCCACCACUCUGCUCACAAUCAUUGGCAGCAUUCACCAAGAAGACUUGUCAAACACCACUUCACUAACGGCACUCUCGAACCCAUCAGACCUCCUCACUCAGCAAUCGCCUUCUGACAUUCUCAUGUUUUUUUUUUCUCCAUUUUCCAGCAUUUUGAACAGCCUGUACCUCAGUGUUACACAACAGGAAGAACAGUAUUGACCACUGCAUUCUUAAGGACAUCAAAUAAUCACAGUCGAAAAGAGAUAAUGACUGAGAAUGCAGACUGAACUCAGCAUAAUAGGAAUAUGUCAAAGUGGGUGAAACUAAAGCGGUUGUUUGUUGAGAGCAAACACAUCCCUCGGCUCUGACGCACAGGACACCUUCGAAUGUCCGAGCCGGAAGCCGACGCUGUGCACGCCGCGGCUCCCUACACUGUUUGUUUAGGAUUAAAAAAAUGCUGUUGAAUUAAAAUGACCGUAUAGGACAAAAAAAGAUGCUGGAAACAAACCUUUAUUUCAAAGUAGUAUUUCCGUGGUUAUGUUUACCUCUGUAAUGCAACAGGAUGGUGAUUCCAGGGAUCGUUUUGUUUUUUUAAACUGAAGCCUUUCUGUUGUAUGAGAUGACGUAUGUCACUAAGUGAACACUUAACUAGAUCACGAACUGUAAAUGUUUUUGUUAUUACUCUUGGAAACACCUUUUUUUUUUUAUUAAAAACGGACAGUUGGAUAGAAUUGUUCUAAUUUCA